AUGGAUCUCGCGCGCGGAUCGAGCGGCGAGGGCGACGGGGCGAGCGGCGCGGGCGUCGGCGGGAAGCCCCGCGUCAAACCCCCGUCGCAGGUCCAAUGCCCAAACUGCGGACACUGGAAACAUCCUCGGUCGCUCUCGUGCAAGGAGCCCGGGUGCGGGUGCGACUGCGCUAAGCACCAGCGGGGGAUUCGGAAGAAGCGGCAGUUCGCGCAGAUCGCGAGCAGCGACGGGCAGUGGGACGGGACCGUGCAGCGGCGCCUCAUCCACCAGGUGAAUGACCCUCCUCCCGGUUUCGGCACAUCGAUCCUCGAGAUCACCCACGAAACAACAACGACGAAUCCCGCCAAACACGAUCCUCCCCCUCGACUCACCCGUGCUCAUUCCCCGUCCCAAAUUCAUUCCCAGAUCAAGUUCGCGUCGGAGCUGAUGGCCAAGUCCGGCGUCGUCUACGGCCUGUGGACCGCGUACAAGGACCGCGACGGCAAGGUCAAGACGUCGUCGUGGGGGUCCGAAUCGUGGGUGGAGAAGGAACUGUGCGGCAAGAGCGGCAUCGUGGACGUCCUCUGGCGCACCAAGGCGACGCACUUCCUCGCCGGGGACGAUCACCCGCUGGUCGGGGUCGACGCGUACGCGCCGGUGAACGAUGCUCUGGAGCGGUACGGCCUAUCGCACCUCGCGAAGACGUUUAAGAAGAACAGGGUGGACGCAGCCGCAUUCGUCAACCUGGAUGAAGACGCGCUCGCAAGGCUGGGCGUGGAUGCCGUCGGCGAUAGGGCGAAACUGCUGGACGCCGCCAGGCGCAUGGCAUCCGCCGCGGCGUCGGCGGGGACGAGGGGCGGGGGAGGACAGGGCGGGACGGAUGACGGGGAUGAUCCCCUCGGCGGGUUCCCGAGCGAGUGA